GGCUUCCAAAACUGAACAAGUUACUCAAGAUGAGUGAUGUCAAGCUUGCUGUCUUGGGUGGCAAAAGUUCAGGAAAAUCAGCUCUUACAGUAAGGUUUCUUACCAAGCGGUUCAUUGGAGAAUAUGCUUCCAAUUUUGAAUCUAUCUAUAAUAAGCACUUGUGUUUGGACGGUAAAACAUUGAAUCUGGAAAUAUACGACCAAUGUUCUCAACCAGAGAAAGCAAGAUGCUCUCUCCCAGGUGAACUGCACUGGGCAGAUGGCUUUGUGAUUGUGUAUGACAUCAGUGACAGGCCUUCCUUUGCUUUUGCAAAAGCCCUUAUCUACAGAAUUCGGGAGCCACCUACUACUCAUUGUAAAAGGGUGGUGGAACCAGCUGUGGUUUUAGUUGGCAACAAGCAAGACCUCUGCCAUGUGCGAGAGGUUGGCUGGGAUGAAGGGCAAAAGCUGGCGACAGAUUUCCGCUGCCAAUUCUGUGAGCUGUCUGCAGCAGAGCAGUCCCUGGAGGUGGAGCUGAUGUUCCUCAGACUCAUCAAGGGCACUCUGAUGAUCCUCAAACACAAGGAGAAGAGGAGACCCAGUGGAUCGAAAGCAAUGGCCAAACUGAUCAAUAAUGUAUUUGGAAAGAGAAGGACGUCUGUUUAGUAGACAUAUAUUCCAGGGGACUUGGUCCAUCAGAGAGUUUCAAACACUUAAAUGACAAUUAAACUUACAAUUUACACAUUUAAAAGACAUUUUUGGAUAUAUGAAAUGAGUGAAAGUUAGUAAUGCUGUCAUUUCAAAAAAUAUGGUUUGUCAUUUUUGUUAUAUUUAGUUCACAUUAUUUCCCACAUAAACCUUCACUUCUUGUACAAGCACUUACUCACUCUGGUGUAUCACUGGGGACCUGUCCUCUGUGCCUCCAGAGGAAAACAUUGCACACGUUGUUUUAUUAAAGCACUGUUUUAAAGUGUG